UUCAAGGGUUGUAGCCCCGUUGACAUGUACGACGUGGGUCAAAAACUUGGUCAAGGGACGUUUGGAGUCGUCGAGCGCGCGAAGCAUAAGGUGACAGGCAACGAUGUCGCCAUGAAGCGUGUGACCAUACACGAUGAGAAGGACGGCUUUCCUUUGACGGCUAUACGCGAGAUCAAAUUGCUCAAACGCCUGUCUCAUCCUGCCAUUGUGCCAGUCAUAGAUAUGGCAUACAGACGCUUCUCUGACCGCCGACCAAGGGAAAUCUACAUGAUCGAACCCUACAUGGACCAUGACUUGAAUGGCAUGCUGGAGAACCCUUCCAUCAGCUUCACGCCAAGUCAGAUGAAGCUGUACAUGAAGCAGCUUCUCGAGGGAACGCUCUACAUGCAUCAGAAUAAGAUCUUGCACCGAGAUAUGAAGGCUGCAAAUCUCCUGAUAAACAACGAGGGCCAGCUGCAGAUCGCAGACUUUGGGCUUGCCCGGCCUUUCAGAGAUCCGGGACAUGCUUGGAAGCGGGACGGGUGGAAGGGUGGUGAUGCUGCUCAGGCGUACACGGAGAUGGUGGUCACGCGGUGGUAUCGGCCGCCGGAACUGUUGGCUGGCGAGCGAAAGUAUGGCCCACCCAUCGAUAUGUGGGGUCUGGGAUGUAUCCUCGCCGAAAUGGUCAUCAAGGGACCCCUGUUCAAAGGCACUUCAGAGAUCAAUCAGCUCGAGCUCAUAGCACAGCUGUGUGGCUCCCCAAACGAGAAGAACUACCCCGGCUGGAAUAGCCUGCCUGGUGAGCCAGGCCGCCAUGACUUUGGUAAUCACCCUCGCCGGGUGAUUGAGCACUUCACGAAGGGACCGGUCAACCUAGCAGACCUUAUCGACAAACUCUUAGUGCUGGAUCCAAGGAAGCGUAUGACGGCAGAAGAAGCCCUGCAACACGAAUGGUUCUGGCAAACUCCUUACCCUGCGCUGCCGACUUCCCUGCCACGCUAUGAGGCUUCCAAGGAGAUAGACAGGCAGCAAUUGCGU